GAGGAUGCAAGCCAAGGAGGUCAGCUUCAUUUCGCUCCACAGCGCUUCGUCUCGCAUGCCGUUCCCGCAAAGGUGCUGGUGCGAUCUUUCAAGGACUCCAGGGAUCAAAACCAAGCAGCCUGGGCGAGACACAUCAAGGCAGAUGUGCGGACCGUGAAGGUUUGGUUGGUGCUGGCCGUGGCUGCAGAUCUUCUGUCAUUCUUGCGGAAGCUCAACGUGCAGUCCCAGCGCAGCAGCUUGAGGGUGCUCGAUCUGGAGUCCCAUGUCGAGCUGUGCAUCAAGGAUGUGCAGGCUUACAUGCGCCAGGGCAAUGGUGGCCUGGCAUCUGGCUUGAAGCAGCUGUUUCAGCCAUACACUGCUCCUCGCCAGGCUGCCGCCACUUUGCUGGAAGAACUUUGCCGGCAGAUGCAUGUGAAGCAGACUGCUGGUGGCCAGAUCCUGAGCGCAAAGUACUAUGUGGGGGACCAUGAACCGGAGUUGGAGUUGAGACUGAACAACGAGACCUUGAAUGAGGUGGUUGCCGUUGCCAAGGAUCUCGAAAAGUUGGUCCUGGAGGAUCUGCGGAUGAGGUUUCGCAACGUGGGCAUCAGUAAGUUUGUGGCUGUACUGCACCCGACAUACCGCCCGCCCCGAGAUGGCCAACCGACCCCGCUUGCAACUGCAGUGGAAGCUUUUGCCAAGCACUUUGCUAUGGCUGAAGGCGAAUUACUUUCGCAGUGGAAGCACCUUCUCAAAGUCAAGGACCGCUAUUUUGCUGCGAACCCGGAGGUGCGCACAAUGAAGCCUCAUCAGUUUUGGCCUCCAAUCCUUCAACAAGUCAAGGAGAGCCUGCCUGAAGCUUUCAGGGUGGUCAGCUCGCUCAUCCUGCUGAGUUAUCAAAAUUGCGAGGUCGAGCGGGACCUGGCUAUUCUGAAACUCGCAAGAAAUUUCAGAAAACAAACAUUCUGUACUGUUCAUUUCACCGACUCGGGUUGCUGCCACUUGAAAGCCAUGCAUUGA